ACCCAGGUAGGGACAAUGUCCCCUGCCAUUGCAUUGGCAUUCCUGCCACUCGUGGUAACACUGCUGGUGAGAUACCGGCACCAUUUCCGACUGCUGGUGCGUACGGUCCUGCUGAGAAGCUUUCGAGACUGCCUGUCAGGACUCCGAAUUGAGGAGCGGGCCUUCAGCUACGUGCUCACCCACGCCCUGCCUGGAGACCCCGCCCACAUCCUCAGCACCCUGGACCACUGGAGCAGCUGCUGCGAGUACCUGAGCCACAUGGGCCCUGUUAAAGGUCAGAUUUUGAUGCGGCUGGUGGAAGAGAAGGCCCCUGUUUAUGUGCUGGAGCUGGGCACCUACUGUGGAUACUCUACACUGCUUAUUGCACGAGCCCUGCCCCCUGGAAGUCGCCUUCUCACUGUGGAGCGGGACUCACGUACAGCAGCAGUGGCUGAAAAAGUCAUCCGUCUGGCUGGCUUCGAUGAGCAAAUGGUGGAGCUCAUUGCAGGCAGCUCAGAGGAAGUGAUCCCACGCCUAAGAGCUCAGCACCAGCUGACUCGGGCAGAUCUGGUGCUCCUGGCACAUCGACCCCGAUAUUACUUAAGGGAUCUGCAGCUACUGGAGGCCCAUGCUCUGCUCCCACAUGGAGCCACUGUACUGGCUGACCAUGUGCUUUUUCCUGGUGCACCCCGCUUCCUACAAUACGCCAAGAGCUGUGGUCGCUAUCGCUGCCGCCUCCACCACACCAGCCUCCCAGACUUCCCUGCCAUUAAGGAUGGUAUAGCCCAACUGACCUAUACUGGACCUGGCUGAGGUCCAGGACAUAGGAUAUUUACUAAUACAAUCCCAACCCCAUUCAAGCAGACCUCAGAAUAUCUCCUUUCCCUUUCUGUUUAGU